GGUCUCUCACGAUUCUGAAGAAUUUCUCUGCGCCUCUCUCUUUUAUUAAAACACCAAUUGAAUUGAUCGGGGGGAACGCAGAUUCCUCCCUUCUUUUGAUUUUCCAUGGAUACGCCAAGCUCUUGGGACUUCUUGCGGAAACAGGCGAGGAAUCUUGAAGCAGAGUUGGAUGAUCAAAUGCAUUUGUAUCGUAAACUGGUGUCUACAAAAGGUGAUGAUGGUAAUGAGAGUAAUAUUGGAUCCAGCAUAGAACAGCUACUUAAACAGCUACAACAUGUAAUUUCGCAAAUGCAAGAUUGGGUGUCAUCUGGUGGAUCAGAAAUUUUUUCUCAUACCUUGACUCGUCAUCAGGAAAUUCAUCAUGAUCUUACUCAGGAGUUCAAUCGACUUCGUUCUAGCCUUAGAGCUAAGAGAGAGCAUGCAUCACUGCUUGAAGAUUUCAGGGAGUUUGACAGAUCAAGGUUAGAUCUAGAAGAGGGCGGUGGAUCCCAAGAGCAGUCUCUUCUUAAGGAGCGGGCUACUAUCAUAAGAAGUACAGGGCAGACAGACGGUGUAAUAUCUCAAGCACAAGAGACCCUUGGUGCGCUUGUGUUUCAACGCUCAACAUUUAGAGGUGUCAAUUCAAAGCUUAGUAACGUUAGCAGUCGCCUCCCAACUGUGAAUAGCAUCAUCUCGGCGAUAAACAAAAAGAAGUCUAUGGACACUAUAAUUCUUUCUUUAGUUGCCUCUGUUUGCACAUUUUUGAUUCUGAUUUACUGGCUGACAAAAUAGUAAAGCAUUGAGGUACAUUAUCCGACCAAUUCAUUGUAUAAAUAAAUUUUGUAGUGCCAUUAUGAUUUAGUAAAUGUAGUAUAGAAUCAACAUUUUUGCAAAAUACAAGACUUCCAAGUGUUUGGAACC